AUGGCUCGCUGCAAGGCCACACGGGCAGCUUUCGAAGCGGAAAUUCGCUCGAGGAAUGCGAGAGAAGAAGCGGCGGCGGAGAAGCUCGAGGAACUCGUUAAGAAUUUGGACAUGAAAAUUGAGAGUGAAAUCGCGGCGCGUCACCAACAAGUUUCGUCGAUCAAAAGGGAAAUUGGCAUGCUUCUCAGGGGCGACCAACCACGAGAGCAGUUCCAUUCGUUCGUUAAGGAAGAACUUGAGGAGCUGCGUGCGGGCCUUGCAGCUGCCACCCGCGCUCGUGAGGAGGCGGACGACGAGAUUCUGCAGGCCAUAAACGAAUACACUACUGCUCUCCAGAGGGGCCUGCAGAGUAUCGGAGGACUGACCAAUGGUACAUCCGCGGCAUAA